CAACCUACCUCACAAAGAUUUCUAUAGAGACCUACAUCUGGCUGUUUGCAACAAUACACUAGUAGGUAUUGAUUCUGUGUUACAACUUAUCAUCACGUUAUCGGUUAUUCUAGUGCAAUCGUUCAUAGCUCUCUAGUCGUUCAUUUCGCGUUCAAGUGUGACUUUUUCGCUCAAUUGUUCAAGUUCUCGCUCCACAGUUGCAUUUUUGUACGCGUAGAUUACCGUGAAUUUUGAAACAUCUUCAGCAUCAACUUACCUACAUUCAGAACGUAAUUAACUGACAUUUUCAACCAGCUGAAGAAAUAACGAUGUAUUACGGAUAUCAAAGUAUGCCUAAUGAGAAUACAACCCACGUUGAUCACUUCGCAUGCCAAAUUACCGACUUGGAAAAUGAAAUAUCAAAACGAAAACAGAUCGGUGAGCGCACAGCGAAAAUAUUUCACGAUCAUCUUACAUCAAUUUACGAAAAUUUGAAACAAUAUGAAACUCAAUCACGAGCCAGUGCGGUUUAUAAUCUGCCAAUAACCUCUAGCUUGAACUUGAACUUGAGUAAACUUCGUGAAGCCUACACGAAGGUGAUAAAUCUUCGAAUAAAAUUGACCGAAAUGAUACCUUCAGCCGAAUCAACGUCAUCGACUGCAGAAGCCAAGGAAGUUGAAUCCAUUUUAACAAAACAGCCCAACAUAAAGAAACUUUUUCGGAAACAAACUUUCCUCGUGAUACAAAUCGAAUCGCUAGAAGAACAAGGAGAUAUUUGUCCGACAAAAGCUGAAGUAAUGUACGAUCACGUUUCUAAACUUUACGACUCGUUCACCUCAAAUCAAAUUCAGAUCGAACAGAACAUCGACGAUCGUGCUGCUCUCGAAAUUCAACAAAAUAUCGCUACAGACGUCCAAGCAAAAGUCAUCGAUUUUCAAACAAAACUGAAAAAAAUCAUCAAGUCGAUCGCAUCAACGUCAAUUUCGCAGCCGGAUGAGACGAACGUAAAUUCAAAAAUUCGGUCUUCAACGGAAUACAAGACUCCAUUUCAACCCGAACAGACCCAGCAGUCGUCGGAAUCAGAAAACACUCUUCGAUCGAUCGAUCUCAAAUUAUCCAAUCUUGAAAGUUUAUACAAAGAUUUAUUGGAUUCGCAAGAAGAUACUCGUAGAUCUGAAACUUCGACUGAUAACAACGAUAUCCUCGACUCUCUCUAUGAUAAUUUAGAUAUAUGUAUCUAAAGAUAUCAAAAAAAAGAUGACUUGUCUGGAAGAAGCACAACGUAAAUUACGCGAAGAUAACCAACGUAGUGAAAGAAUCAUUCUCGAUAAACUGAAUCAAAUCUUGCAAAUGAACAGAUCACAGAGUUCUCAGAGCUUAAAUGAUAUUUGUGCCAGCUCACUACAGCAACUACAGACCGCAAAUGAUAUUUAUGCCAGCACACUACAGAAACUACACCCAGCUAUUUCAAUUCCACUUCCACCGGUUGCCCGCAAAUCACGCUUUGAUUGUUAUACUACAGGGUGUUCCAGAAUAACCUUUCACAUUUUGGUGAGCACUGAUCUGCGUUCAAAUGGUGUUAGGGGAAUGGUAAAAGCGGUUCCAGGUAGCCAACACAUGCCGAAUUAUGUUUCAGUAGUUAUUUUUUACCAUGGAGAAGUGGACGGCUGUGCAGCGCGCUUUUAUCGUAAAGGCCUUUUUCAAAAAUAAUGACUCGUACAUUAGUGCAAUUCGUGCCUUCCGCAAACAUUUUAAACUUACCGGUAAAAGUGAAGUGCCAUCGAGGCCAACAGUGAAAUUAUGGGUAAAAAACUUCGAGAAAACUGCUCAUGCUUGUAAACAUAAGCCUACAGGUCGGAAAAGAUCAGUAAGAACGCCAGAAACAACGGACCGAGUAAGGCAUUCAGUACAGACUACCCCUACCACUUCAAUACGUAAACGAGCAUUAAAUUUAAAAAUCAAACCAACUUCUCUGCAAGGAAUUUUAUCUGAAGACCUCAGUUUCCAUCCAUACAAGAUUUUAAUCAUUCAAAAGUUACAAAAAACUGAUUUUGUGAGAAGAAAAUCAUUUGCCGAGGAUAUGCUUACAAGAAUUGAUACUGGUGAGAUUCCAUUGAACUCGUUACUCUUUACUGACGAAGCUCAUUUUUAUCUAAACGGUGAUGUGAAUAAACAAAAUAUGCGCUACUGGUCGACAGAGAAUCCGAUGAUAAUACACGAGAAACCUCUACACUCCGCUAAGUUGACUGUUUGGAUGGGCGUGGCUAAAUUCGGUAUAGUGGGACCGUAUGUGUUUGAUGAAACGGUGAACAGUGAGAGGUAUCGCAAAAUGUUAAACGAGUUUCUCAUUCCUGAAUUGAAACGCAGACACAAGUAUAGAGUUACUUGGUUCCAACAGGAUGGCGCUACCUGUCAUUCCGCGACGGAAACGAUUUCUUUAUUGCGUGAGCAUUUUGGUCAUCGAAUAAUUUCGCUGAACACAGAAAUUUCAUGGCCACCUCGAUCCCCUGAUUUUUCAGCAUGUGAUUUUUUUUUAUGGGGUUACCUCAAGUCAAAAGUAUAUCAAGAUGAUCCUAGGACUCUGAAACAGCUCCUAGAUAAUAUUAUUCGUGAAUCAAGACUGAUUAGAAGAGAAAUGCUCAACAAAGUGUUCAAUAAUUUUAAAAAACGUUUGGUCGAUUGUGUCAAAAAUGAUGGAAAACAUCUCGGUGGAAUAAUUUUUAAAACAUAAUUUAUAAUGAAAACUCAAAUAUAUGAUCUGAAAACGGCACAUUUCUACUUCAUUUUGGUUAUAAAAAAAUUUCCGCAACCAUUUUUCUCUCAGAGCUACUAAUAAAACAAAAGUGAAAGGUUAUUCUGGAACACCCUGUACAACCACAUAAGCAUCAUUUUAAUUUUAUUUAAACAAAUAAGUGUGUAAAUUGACGUAAACUACUUCAUUAGUUAGUAUUUUUUUAAACAAGGUAAUUCAUGAUCACUGAUGCAAUAUUGAAGAUGUUAGAGACGAUUUCACCUGUAAUGGUUCUUAAAAUACAAUAUUCAAUCUUA